AUGAAAACCAAAAUAUGGGAAGAGUUCUACAAAUUCUCCGGAGACAUGAUGUAUAAGAUAGAGGAGGAUGCAGAGCAGGAUCUGAAAAUGUGUUCCACGUUGGACGAAAGCAAGAAGAAAGAAGAAAAUGAGUUAUGCAAAAUUGUAGCAAGGAUAUUUCUUUGGAUGGAUGGAUUAAAGAUAGGACGUAACGAGGCAGGAGGAGCAAAGUUCCGAUGGGUACAAGGAGAAGAGGAGGAUGAAAAACCGGAAGAAAAGAAACUACACUCUUAUUAUAGAUGUUUAAUUGGAAAAGUUACUAUUCUAAAAAUGUUAGGUAAGCAUUGUAUGUUAAAGGAAGUAUCAGAAACAGUUAAAAAGAAUAGGGAACAAAUGAGGACAACUAUGGAUCUUAAGGGUGGGAAUCAACUCUGUAGUGAUGUGGAUUUCGGAAGUUUAUAUUUGGGGAAAAGGUUCUUGUGGGAUCAAAUUAAGAAGGGGAUUGAUGAUUUUAAGAGGACAGACAACCAUGGUUUUGGGUCAUCGCUAGUACAAGAAGGAAAGAGCAAACUGCACGACAUACAGAAGGAGGGACAAAACGAGGGAAUUUGCCCAAAGGAAGGGGAAUUGGACUCAGAAACCUUACAGAAUUUAGAAAUAACAGUCUACAACAAGGAAGACGUGUCUCUAGAGGACGACAAGGACACCGACCCUCCCGGGAAGGAACCUUCAGGAGGGAGCAAGGAGUUGGAGAUCCUAUUGUUCAAAGCUAAGGAAGCGAAGGAUGCUGCACGGGGGGGUGAUGAUUGGGAGCAAAGAGCAUACCAAGUGGUACAGGAAAAUUUGAAGGAACUGUUUGAAAAAAAUAUGCGAGAAAAGGCAGAAAAGAAACAGCAGGCUUUAGCAGGUGGUGAAGACUGCAGCACGCACAAGGAUGACCUAUGUAAACGUGUUACGUGCGUAGAACAAAAGUGGUAUCAAAAUAAAGCAGAAAAAGUGAAGAAAUGGGACUCCAUGGAGGAUGAUAUUAAGGGUGAAUUAGAAAGGCUCUCUAAGAACAUAAUUACGAAUGAAGCAAAUAUGGAUACUUAUUGUAAAAAAAAUGAAGAGCCAAGUAGUAGAAUAGUUACUGACACAGAGAUAAAAGCAUGCAGAUACAUUACUGCAGGAUUACGGUACAUAUACGGUAUUCAGAAGGAAGGUAAGGAUAAGAACCCCGAAGAUAACUGGAAGUUUAAGCAAACAAUGCUAUGCUUAGUUUUGAACGCCUAUGCUAAUAAGUUGAAAGAGAAGGUUACAUCCCCUUGUAAGGUCGAUGUAGGAACAAUAAAACAAGCAUUUGAUAGAGGGAAUGAUCAGAUGAGUGAUUGGUGUAAGGAGAAAAAUAAGAAUGGUCAGGCUGAUUGUAUGACGUGUGAGAGGGUUGAAAUUUUAACAUGUGAGGUGGCCGAUAACGGCAAUAGAACCAAAGUGGAGGACAAAGUGAAGGGCAUGCUCAGUACAGAUCACAACAUAAAAAAAACUCUGAGUGAUAUAAAUAAUAUAAAUGAGAACUUAUGUGAUCGUGCACAAUGUGUAACAACACAAAAGACCAGGGACAAAAGGGAAGGGAAGAACAACGCAGAGGCCAAACAGAUUUGGGAGGUUUGGAAAGGAUUCAUAUUGAACAUGGCUGUCUAA